CGCCUACAGUGUGUCUCCAGUCGUCCGCAGUUCUAGCCAUGGCAGCGCUGAGACCGGAGCAUCGCUAUGGACUCUCUUGUGGAAAAAUUAACAAAAAUAUCUCGAAUAAAAGUCUUUAUCACGUAAAGCUCACUGACACGGCCAUCCGAGCCCUGGAAGCCUAUCAAAACCUUAAGGGCACCUUACCGAAUCAGCCAGCCAUUUGCUUCCAGGGCAACCAAGGGUACAUCAAGAUCCCCGCCCCCUCCUCGGAUCCCCAUGGAGCCCUGCGCGUCUUCUCCUUCUACCUUUCCAGUGACAGCAAAGACAAGCCCCAGGCCAGCUUCGACUGCAUACACCAGUAUGUGUCUGGGGAGAACAGGGAGCAGCUGGAGUGCCAGGGAAGCAUCCAGGACAAGAUCACGGUGUGCGCCACCGACGACUCGUACCAGAUGACCCGCGAGCGCAUGUCCCAGGUGGAGAAGGACAUCUGGAGCCGAACCGCCAUCGAGAUCAAGCCGGGGUCCACCUAUCCCAGUAAAUACGUCAAGAUCCCUAAGAAGCCGGCCCCACCCCCGACGACGGACGGCCUCCACCGGCACUCCCCCAGCAACCGGAGGGGCGGGGCUCCUGGCACGGUGGCCCAGAGGCCCCUGAGGGACCGCCUCCUGCACCUGCUGGCCCUGAAGCCGUACAGGAAGCCCGAGCUGCUGCUGUGGCUGGACCGGGAGAGGGCCGGCCCCAGGGACAAGGCUGACCUGGGAUCAGUGCUGGAGGAGGUGGCAAAACUGAACCCCAAAGACCAGAGCUUCACCCUGAAAGACGAGCUCUACCCACACGUUCAGAAAGACUGGCCGGGGUACCAGGAGGAGGAGAGGCAGCUGCUGCACAGACUGCUGGCCAGGAAGACGCUCCAGUCCGGCAGCAGCCAAUCAAAGAGCUUCCAGCUGAACCCUUCAUUCCAGAAAACCUCUGAGGAUUCUCCGCUGCACCUCAGCCCCGGAAAGAAUCUGGCGGCGAAGCGGACGUUACCGUCCUCCCCACUGGACGGCCUUUCUCAGAAGAGACCGAGAGUGUCCGAGCCCGCCCCUCCCCCUCCGCCCCUCUCCAGCGGGCCAGCGGUCCCCAGCGGGGCCCGGGGCCCGACCGCGCUGCACCCCAAAGCCGAGACCCAGAGGAUAGGCGGCCACGCCCCGGAGAGCCGGGAUGGCUUCCCCGCCCAGCACAACCUGAGCGACCCCGCCCACAAGCCCGCCCCGCCCAGCCCCAAGCCCCCCAAGUCCGACCCCCCCGUCUGCUCCGAGCAGCUCCUCUCCAACGACCUGCACAGGAAGAAGAAGUCCAAGAAGCACAAAGAGAAGGAAAGAGAGAAAGAGAAAGAGAAAGAGAGGGAGAAGGAGAGAGAGAAAGAGAGGGAGCGCUUGAAAGACAACGGGAGGAGAGAGUGGCUGGAGAACAGCCCAGACCUCAAACCUGACCUGGAGAAACAGCAUGAGCAGGGGGACGCAAACACACCUGUCUCUCCGCCCUCUCCCGCGGAGCUGCCUGAUUAUUUACUGAAGUACACUGUGAUCCUGGCCUCGGAGCAGAGGCAGAAGUACAAGGAGGACUUCUGCGCUGAGUACGACGAGUACCGCGACCUGCACGCCCGCAUCGGCAGCGUCACGCAGAUGUUCGUCCGCCUGGGCUCCAAGAUGAAGACCCUCUCCCCCGGCACCAAGGAGCACAAGGUUAUGGAAGACCAAAUAUUGGAGAAAUACAAGAAGUACAUGAAGAAGUUUCCUGGUUACCGGGAAGAGAAGAGGCGCUGCGAGUAUCUGCAUCAGAAGCUGUCGCACAUCAAGCGCCUCAUCCUGGACUAUGACCAAACCCACACGCCUUCGUAGCGCUAGCGCCAUCUGUGGCCCAGGAGGACCAAAAUGGCCGCCAGGGAGAUCCCUCCCCCACCCACGCAGCUGGUGCCCGACCCUGAGUUCUUCAAAGACACUAAAUGCACCCCCCCCCCCCCCACACGCACUGUCUCACUUUCUGAAGCUUUGCGUUCAGGUGGCACGGGUGCAAAACUGUCAUUUGUUUCUAGAUGGGGCGAAGACCACCCACUUGUGAUCAGCAUAAACCCUUUUUAAUGUGUGUUUCCAUGGUGACGGGUAGGGUUUUGCGUCAGAUUUAAUUGUAUGGCGAGGUUAAAUGUGUGUUGAGAUGAGCUGAAAUAAUUUUACCCAUGAUGCUGUGUGGGUCAAGAGGGAGGGCCAUUCUCACCAUGAGGUAAGGGGCUGUAUUGACGCAGAACAGAAGUUCGCCAUGCAGCAGUUGCUCAGAGGUAUAAACUGCCUGUUUUCUGUUAUCUCUUAUCACGCUGCCUGAUACAGUUGCAAUGGUAUGUUGUUUUAAUGCUAAACAUUCUCUUCCUUUUUGAAUUUGGAGCAUUGAUAUAAAUUCAUUUUGUGAACUGGGAUGAUGGCUUUCACGCGGAAAAAAAGAUUCAAGUCUCAGUAGUACUUCUAUUUGCUCUGCAAUUAAUUCAGCACAAAGCAUUAUGUAUGCUUUUCCAAAUCUUAACUACAGUGCACCAGUCCAGUGAGAUCCAUCCCUGUGUGUGUUUGUGCGUUUGUGUGUGUAUGUUUGUGCGUGUGUGUGUGUGUGUGUGUGUGUGAGGGUGCUGUACACAUUUACAUUCCCCACAGUCCCGCAGUAUAGAAGUAGAUCCGAGCCGUUAGGGCUGUCUUUCUGUUUACCAAAGCAGACAAAUUAAGUGACCACUGUGGCUUCCUCCAUGACACAGUUUCACAUCUUCAAUCUUGAAAUUCAUGUCACAUAGAGAAGGUAGUAUGUUUUAAGUCAGACUAUGGUCUAUUUUAUUUGGUGUCUUUGCUUACAAGAAAAUCAAAUCAUUAAUGUGUUUUAAUAGACAAUAACAGAUACCACAGAUAUGUUGCCUUUUAUUCAGAUGCUCAGUGAUCUUUUUUAAAUGAUGUUAUUGAAGUUUGAAAGAGACUGGGCUGGCACACAACCCCUCUUAACAUGAGGAAAUAGAAAGGGCCUCCAGCAGCUCAUUUCAUGCCUGUAGUUUGGCUUUCAAACGGCACAUAUCCAGUCAGACUUAAAAAGGUGCUGUGAAAGGAAUGUGCGCCAUGGACGGCGCUGUCCUGUGGAGAACGUUCACACACUCAGAAAUUCCAACCGAGAGAAUUUAAGGCAGAUGAUUGCUGUAGUCAUAAAAAUCUGUACAAAAGUGAGAAGUUAUCUAGCUGAAAUGUGCAGUGAAACUCAAAAAACCAGACACGCAAAUUGUAGUGCUCAGAGAGACAGUAAUUAUUGUACAAGAUCAGGUCUGUCGCCAUGGCGCUUUAAUAAGCUAAUGAAAAUUGAGGGUAUGUUUUUUUUUUGUGUGUGUGGAAAAAGCCAUUCAAAUACUCUGAUCCUAUGUUAUGGCAAUUUUCCAGUGUGCUUGGCUGAUAUUAUAUUGGUUUAGCCGCCUGUGGCUCUAGAUCAUGCAGGCCAUGAUUCAAACCAUUAAAUCAGCGUUUAUGGAUAGAUUCCUCCAUUCCCACCCAACACACACACACACACACACACACACGCACACACAAGCCCUCUCCAAAAGUCCCUUAUGCCCCAGUGGUGUUUUUCCACAGAUCAGUUUAAACCUGCAAAAACACCACUGGUCUUGGUGGGACCCCAGAAUGACUGAAUGACAGUUGUUUGGAUGGAGCAAGAAUGGUGAAGAGGUGCGCCUCACCUGCUACUGGAUCUCUUUUGAAAACCAGUUAUCUCCGCACUGAAACUGUAUUACGAAAGCUGAUUGAGUUGACGAUAAAGUUGCCAAAACGUAAUGGAGCAUUUGUUUUUAUCGUCCAGUAAGUUCUGCGUGUGCUCCUGUAUGUAGACAUUGGUUCUGAUGCCUUAAAACUGCCAGCCCUCAUAAGCAAAGCCUCUGGAACUGCCUCACCUGCUCGUCCAACCCCACCCAGUCCCACCAGCUCAAAUUCAGUCUUAAACUCCAGUGUUAAAAUAGAGGCUCCCUUGCUUCAAGCACAGGAACUGUCAAAGUGUUUUCUUCUUGUUCUUUUUCAGUGGACAGGCUCUCAGGCCUCUUGUGCCAUUUUAAUUAUUCUAAUUUCUUUGCUUUGUUCCAAGCAGAAGGUCUUAUUGUUUUGCCCUCAAAUGAUUUAGCCCAGGGGUGCCCAAUCUUAUCUGAAAACGGCCGUUGUGGGUGCAGGUUUUUGUUUUAGCCAAGUGCUAACACACCUGAUUCAACUAAUUAACUAAAUGUGAUCUUCAAUCAAGACCUUAAUCUGUAGCAUCAGGUCUGUUAGUGCUGGGCUAUAACAAAUGCCUACGCCCACACUGGCCCUUUUCGUAUAAGAUUGGGCACCCCUGUAUUAGUCCCUUGAUUUCGUGCGGGGUCCCAGGGAGGAGAGAGUUGACCCCGCUUACUUAACAGGUUGUUCAUCUCUGUACGUAUUGUCAUUUAUUUAAGUAAUUUAUUAUUUUUGUUUUGAAGGAGGUCCUAAAUGUAGUUUAUUGAUGGCAAAGCUUUUUUUAUGAAUACGGAUUUCUCCGCUUUUCACUCCUUGACAGCCAGCAUGAUUGAUUGUCAGUUUGGAUUUGAACUGCUCCCAGCUCAUAGCGGUUUGAACCAUUUCAAGUCUCACAAAAAAAAAAAACUGAGUGGAAGCAACCAACAGACAGCUUCCACUCUGUACCCUGACAUGCUUCAUGUAUAAACUGGAAUGGCAAGCACUGCUAUAUAUUUGGGGCCUGAUUUAUUUAGCACAUACAAAACCAGUAACAUGACCAAUGAUUGGUCAUAGUAUGCACCAAUCGUGUAGGUUGUGUUUUUAGUUUUGCGUAUGCUAAAAGCUUUAGUAAAUUGGACUCUUGGUGUGCUAUGCUAUUUAAGUAUUUCUUUAUCGCUCUCCCUCUACGUCCUUACUUCUCUAAGGUUAGGUUGCUAUGCUAAAACGCCCCAGACUGCUGCUGGCAGUGAACAACAUGCUGCUAUGAGGCAUUUUAGAUGCGGGGAGCGGUCCAAGUCAUUUAUUAUUGUUCUCAAUAAUACAAGGUUAUUGUGGUCGAUGAAAAAGAGUGGAAAAACUGUGUUAGUGGAGAGCAGAGCCGAUGUUUCUCACAGUCUGUCUGUGGUUUGUGAGUACGCCUCGUCGUGCCUCCUCCUCACUGGUCACUGGCUUCCUGUGAAAUGUACCGUUUCCUGUUUAUCUUAGUGAGGCUAUGAUCCUUUUGUGCUCUUGAAGUGAAAUGGACUCCCUCUUUUCAAAUAAUCAUGGAUUAAUAUGAGCUAGCCUAUCCUGCUUGUGUUUCCACAAGUGGCCAGUGUGCCUGAUCCAGUUGUUCUGCAGUCAGCAAUCUGUGAAAUAAACAUCUCUUUUUUUGAUGUAGAAGUGUCUGCCAGGCGCAGUUCUUGUGAAAGGGAAGAUGCCUUUGCUGCCCCAUAAUGUUUUAGUGACAGUGUUGCAUACUGCGACAGAAACGUACUCUGAGGAUUCCUUUUGCUCCCGAGUGAUUCGAUUCUGGAUUCAUGGAACCGAACGCCUCCUGAAUCGGGACCAUUACGGACCGGGGGCUGCCUGUUUUGGGAAAACCGGGCCUUCACGAACCCUGAAAACAUUCACAACUGUCGCCUUUCAGCAGUGACUCACUGACAUGAACGGGACUGGCAGUGUUUCACUGUGAAAUCAAGCCUCUUGAUUGGUCCGUGCGAGUGAUUGACAGCAGAUGGUACAGUAGCCCAGUCCCAUUGAAGGGUUUGUGAUGCCUCUCUCUCUCCUGUUGCUACCUGAGCUCUGAUUGGCUCUCAGUAAAGUACAGGCGUGUUGUACACAGGCGGUAGUGUUGGUGCCUUCUCUGGGAGUUGUGUGGUGGAGCCGUUUCAUGUACAGCGUGUCACGAAUCCGAAGGUGUAGAACAAAACAUAUGCAAUCGAAUGCAUCGUGUCUCUUAAUCGCAUUUUACAAAUGCAUAUUUCCUAUACUACAUGGAGUGGAGCUAAGGAAGAAGGUCUUUGUUAUGCGUACUAACUUAUUCAGAGUCUAAAGAGGAGGCAUACAAAGCAGUUUAUUUCUUUAAGGAUAUUGUUCUCUCAUUUUUCAUCUCUUUGGUGUAUUAUAUUUGUUUAUUUGUUGCUGUUGGAAAAAGAAUAAGGUCUUCAUGGAAAAGUGGAGAGAGCGAAAAAUAUGCCAUGUGUAAACACCAAUGCAUUAUGUGAACUUGUAAAAGAAGGAUCUGUGUAAAAGAAAAUAAUUUAUUUCUUGUGUUGCAUUUUACUUUUGUCUUUGCACAAUUUUAUCAAGUCUUUCUAAAGGUUGACAGGCAUUGUUAUAUGUUGGUGGUGAGGGGAGAAUUUUAAAUAUAUGUGUAUGUGUGUGUGUGUAUGUAUGUAUGUACGCAUAUGUGUGUGUGUGUGUGUGUGUGUAUAAAAUAUUUUUGCACCACCUUCACCUGCUCUUCCUUUGAGAAAACAUAUUCAUACUUAAUAUUUCUGCUCAAUAAAGGUCUUUUCUUCA